GGGGCGCGGCGGCCGGGAGCGGGCCGCGGCGGCCGCGGGUUGGCAGAAGGCGGAGGUUUGGGAUACUCCGGUCCGCUUGGCUGCCGGCGGGCCACCCAGGCCUCCGCGGAGACGAUGGCGAAGGAAGAAGGGUCAUCUGUAGAAGUCCGCCAAAGGAAAAAGCACAAGGCUUCAGGAAACCAGGAAGCCAGAGCACAGAAGACCAGAAGCCCCGCAGUUUCUGAAAGACUUUCAAAAUAUUUGUCGUUUCAGCGCUUUGCCAAGGUGCUUAUUGGCUGUAUCGCGGCCGUCGUCAGUGGCGUGAUGCAUGUUUUCUACUUAUCAGCGUACCACGAGCGGAAAUUCUGGUUUUCCAACAGGCAGGAACUUGAACGAGAAAUCACAUUUCAGGGUGACAGUGCUAUUUAUUACUCCUAUUACAAAGACAUGUUAAAGGCGCCAUCGUUUGAAAGAGGUGUUUACGAGCUGACGCACAACAACAAGACCGUCUCCCUGAGGACUAUCAACGCGGUGCAGCAGCUGUCUCUGUACCCGGAGCUCAUUGCCAGUGUUCUCUACCGAGCAACGGGGAGCCAUGAGAUGAUUGAACCAGUAUAUUUCUACAUUGGCAUUGUCUUUGGAUUACAAGGAAUAUAUGUGACAGCUUUAUUUGUCACAAGUUGGCUUAUGAGUGGCACAUGGCUCGCAGGGAUGCUUACUGUUGCGUGGUUCCUAAUUAAUAGGACGGAUACAACAAGAAUUGAAUACUCCAUCCCUCUAAGAGAGAACUGGGCUCUACCAUAUUUUGCGUGCCAAGUUGCUGCACUUACAGGCUAUUUGAAAAGAAAUCUAAACACUUAUGCAGAGAGGUUUUGCUACCUGUUGAUGAGCGCCUCAACGUACACUUUCAUGAUGGUGUGGGAGUACAGCCACUAUGUCUUGUUUCUUCAAGCAGUCUCCCUACUGCUGCUGGACGUCUUCUCAGAGGAACAAAGUGACAAGAUUUACGAGGUGUAUAAAAUCUACAUAUUUUCCCUUUUCCUUGGGUAUUUACUGCAGUUUGAGAAUCCAGCUUUAUUGGUGUCUCCUUUAUUGAGUUUAGUAGGAGCGUUAAUGCUAAUUAAGUGCCUUCAGCUGAAUGGGAAAAAAGGAACUUUUGUGGCUAAAGUAAUCAAAGUGUUUAAGUUUUAUUUGGUAUGUACUCUGCCGCUGACCUUGAAUUUGAUAAUGAAGACAUUUGUCCCACACAAAGAAAAUGAGCAUGUGCUAAAAUUUCUUGAAGUAAAAUUUGGACUAAAUGUGACUAAGAAUUUCACACUGAACUGGCUGCUCUGUCAGGAGUCUCUCCAGGCACCGUCUCAGGAUUUCUUUUUACGACUGACACAAUCUUCCCUAUUACCAUUCUAUAUUUUAGUGUUAAUUAUUUGUCUUCUUUCUAUGACACAAGUUAUUUUUCGGAGGAUGAAUGGUAAAUCCCAGAAAGAAAUUGUAACUCUUGAAGACGGGAGAAUUGGAGAAAGGCCAGAAAUUAUUUAUCAUGUCUUUCAUACUCUUAUACUGGGUUCUCUUGCAAUGCUGAUGGAAGGCCUGAAAUUCCUCUGGACCCCAUAUGUGUGCAUGCUGGCCGCCUUUGGCGUCUGCUCCCCUGAGUUGUGGAUGACACUCUUAAAGUGGCUUCGGCUGAGGACUGUGCACCCUAUCCUGCUGGCUCUUAUUCUGAGCAUGGCUGUGCCUACUAUUAUAGGUCUUAGUUUAUGGAAAGAGUUUUUUCCGAGAUUAAUUACAGAGUUAACAGAACUACAGGAAUUCUAUGAUCCAGAUACAGUGGAGCUCAUGACCUGGAUAAAGAGGCAAGCUCCAGUUGCAGCCGUGUUUGCAGGAAGCCCGCAGUUAAUGGGUGUGAUCAAGCUGUGUACCGGCUGGAUGGUGACGAGCUUGCCACUUUACAGCGAUGACGAUCUUCUCAAGAGAAACGAAAACAUUUACCAAAUCUAUUCAAAGCGAUCUGCUGAGGACAUUUAUAAGAUACUAACAUCUUACAAAGCUAACUACCUAAUUGUAGAAGACGCCAUCUGCAAUGAGAUGGGAACCAUGAGGGGCUGCAGGGUUAAAGAUUUAUUAGAUGUUGCAAAUGGACAUGUGCUUUGUGAAGAAGACAACAAAUUAACCUUUUCAAAGUACGGACGGUUUUGUCACGAGGUCAAGAUUAACUAUUCUCCGUAUGUGAACUACUUUACUCGUGUGUACUGGAACAGGUCCUACUUCGUGUACAAAGUCAACACUGUGAUCUCCUUCCAGUCUUAGAAUAGCAGAGCCUUCGCUUCAGAGACUGCUACUUGAAGUCACAUGCAGGGUUCUGGACCUGCACGGUGUCCUGCAGGUGGUGUGGAUGUCUGAACUGCUGCUGCUCCUCCCACGCCUGCUGCUGAUUCCUGGGUUUACGGUUUUGUUGGAAGUAGAUGAGAUGUCGCUGUCUUAGUAAAAUGUCAGAUCCAGCAAUCUUCCGACAGCUUUCUUCCUUAGUACAUGACUUAAAGAUUUCCUGUCGCAUCAUCUCCUCGUGAACCUUAUCUAUCAUAAUAUUGGUCUUUAAUUUGGAUAUUUUUCAAGGUCAGUGUUUACUUCAAAAGCAUAAUUUUUAAUAAGUACUUAGUGUGAUUUAAUUCUACAGUAGAAGAGGAAAUUCACAAAGCAAGUUUGUAACAGAUGUGAAUUUUUUACAAUUAAAAAUAAUUUAAAUGUUAGUUAAAAAUAUGUGACAUUUAAAUUAGAAGGGAAAUAACAUAAAGGAAAGUGAUUCUUUUUAUGAUAUUGUUCCUGUCAUCUGCUGCUCAAGUGACCUAGCAUAUUCUUAGCAACACAUAGGAUGAACUAGUACUUUGAUUAUUUCAUGACUAUUAAGUGAUUGCCUUUCUCACUUAUGCCCAUUAAAUGCCUAACAAUUUAAUCAUGCUAAAACAACUUUUGUUUGUUUAUAUAUUUAUGUGUGUGUGUAUGUGUAUGGACACAUAUGUACACACAUAUACAUACAUAUGUAUGGACAUUUCAAAGAAUUUUAGGUUUUUGUGGAUGUGGAGUAUACAAUCUAAUCACGUUUUCUAUGGACGUAUUAAAUAAAAAUAAUGAAGACUGUCACAAUAAUGAUAUGCACACUGCCGUGGGCACCGUUUUCUGGAGGUGUUGCAGACACUUUUAAACACACCUGCAUAUAGGUGUAUUGGUUAAAAAGUAUAGCCAAUGAAGUGAUGUUAUUUAUGAAACAUUAUAUGUUUAACAGUAAGAGCAAAGUGAGGGUUAAAUAAAGUUUUCACCAUUUGACAGUAUAAAUGCUAUAUUCCUUUGUGUAUUUGCACUUUGUUAUCAUUAAAAGAAAUUCUAAGCCAGGGCAGUGACUGGCACCAUUAAUCUCAGCAUUUGGGAAACAGAGGCAGGCAGGUCUCUCUGAGUUCCACGGCAGCCAGAGAUACAGAGUGGAACCCUGUUUCAGGGAGGAAAAAGAAAAGAAAGAAAUUGUAAAUUAAUUUGGCCUUUUAACGAGAUUGAGGAUGGGUGAAACCCAUAGAGAAAUGGUUUGACUGAAAUGAGUAUUUAGACAGUUGUUGAGUUCUCUACCUUAUUGUUAGCGUGCUGUGAAGUUACGUUUUCAGAACUCUAUAUAAUCUCUUUUCUUUCUGUAACAGGUAUGUACAGAAUUAUUUUUCUUUCUCAGGUAUGUGCACUUAGAGUCACUUUAAGAUGCUUUACCGUUGUGGACCCUAACUGACGUUUUCAUACCUUCUGUCUAGCAUCUCUGGCUGAUUCUGAGCACCUUGGGAGUCAGUAGUGGUUAGCAUCAGUCUUUGUGAAAAAUGACCAGUGCUCAAGUACACAGUGAGUAGCCAUUUGGUCAUACUUAGGAUCAAAUCAUGCAGAAGCCAGGCAGUGGUGGCAGGAGGCAGAGGCAGGUGGAUCUCUGGGUUCCAGGCCAGCCUGGUCUACAAUAGCUAGUUCUAGGACAGGCUCCAAAGCUACAGCAAAACCCUGCCUUGAAAAACCAACCAACCAACAAACAACAACAACAAAGCAAAAUAAAACCACGCAGAAACAGCUGUAAAGUAUAAACCCUGUUCCCCUUGUGAUAUGAAAUACUCAAUUGAAUUUUUACUGACAUGGUAACGUGUGGUGUUUUAUUUUAUUUUAUUUUUUUAUUUCUUAAAGAUUUUAUUUAUUACAUAUACAAUACAGUGUUCUGCCUCCAUGUAUGCCUGCAUGCCAGAAGAGGGCACCAGAUCUCAUUUUAGAUGGUUGUGAGCCACCAUGUGGUUGCUGGGAAUUGAACUCAGGACCUCUGGAAGAACAGUCAGUGUCCUUAACCUCUGAGCCAUCUCUCCAGCCCACGUGUGGUGUUUUAGUUUCUGUUUUUUUUUUCCCUGAAAUAAUAAUUUGCUUUGCUCCUGUCAAUAUAUUUCUUAAAUAGACACAGAAUUUCUUACUUAAAAGUUUAUAGUUAGUCCCAGGCAUGGUGGUAUACUCUUUAUUCCUAGCUCUCAUGAGGCAGAGGCAGGUGGAUCUCUGGGUUCCAGGCCAGCCUGGUCUACAGAGUGAGUUCCUGGACAGCCAGAGCUGUAGAGUGAGACUCUCUCAAAAAACCAAAAAUACAAAAAAAAAAAAAAAAAAGGUUAAAGAGUUUAUAAUUAAAUUUUCACUCAGAAUCAACUGAAACAGAGACGUAAGCUUUAUUGUAGCGAUUCUAUUGGCUGUGACUGUAGGGCAGUGGCAGAGGGCUCGGGUGGCAUACACACGGCCCUGAGUUUAGUCCCUGGCACUACCGAAAAAAAAAAAGAGAAGAAUAAAAUGAUAAUGGUAGGUAUGAGAGAUAAGUUGAUUUACUUCUAUCUUAACUGUCACCAACACUAGAAAAUAUCACAUGCUGAAAGCAUUUUUACUUAGUAACGUAUAGAACAAGUGAAAAAAUCUGCAAGUAGUAAUACCUGGGUGCUUGGCAGCCGUCAGGUUCAGCAGUGGAGCUGCGUCGGAGGAGCAGAGCUUGUAUGGUUGGGGUUGGAAGGAGUUCCUCAAAGAAACCUAAAACAGUUUGCUCUUAGUAUAACAAACCCAUCGAAAUAAGUGCCUUAUCGUCUUUAUUUCUAAAUUCGUUUGAUAUUUCAUAUCAUAUUAGCCACUUUCUUUCCCAUAAGAAAAGAUCGGUAACUGUUUGUACAUUGGUGAAGUAGAGAAAGGCUGAGGAGGAAGUCCUGCGGUAGAGUACUUCCUUGACAUUAACUCCACUGUGCACUGUCACCAUUAACUUCAGUAAUGAGCAAAUCUGUGUCCGGAAUGUCCAGUUUCUUCACUAAGUCAUCCAGCCUUUCAGGUGCCAAGUAGUCCGCAAAGAGAGACUGACCUGAUAAGGGAUGCGAUAGGACUCUGUGAGUGUAGUACUUCUGAUGGCUUGGCAUCUGCGUGCUGGUGUUGGGCAUCACCCUGGCAGAGUCGCACAGUCUGUGUAUGUGUGCUGUACUUCAGCACUAACUCGGCACACGCAUGCACACAGGCUUUCCUUUCCCCGACAGUAACCCAGACUGCCAGUCGCCUCAGCAUUCUGACUCUUCCAUACCAACCAGAUUCAGUCAACAAAGAAUGAAGAAAAAGAAGUCGAAGUGUUAACCAUUUGGGCUGAAAAAUAUGCCUCAAAUAGAUUAUUAAUUUCUUGUAUAACUCUGUUACUAAAUUAGUUUUGAGAAAUCUUUGGGGCCUCUUAUUUUUGAACUGGUAAUACAUUUUGAUGCCUCUUUUUGUAUAAAAGUAGUAUUUUUUUUCAGUUGGCGGAGUUUUUAACAGUUCUAUGUAAAUCAAUCUUUUGGUAAAUUUAUUUUUAAUGCAUGAAUAUUUCAAGGACAUGUUCUACUAAUUCUGUAUAUUUAGGAACCUUUCUAAAGCUAAUAAUUACUUUCUAAUUUAUAUCCUUUCUUUGUUUAUCCCUCUGUUAACAUUUCCAGUCUUGCUGUGUUUGAUGGUAGACACCUGUGAUCACAGCACUUAGGAGAUAGAGACAGGAGGAUCAAGUGUUCAAAGUCAUCCCCAGCUACAUAAAUGAGUUUGAGGCCAACCUGGGUUGCAUGAGCCCCUCUAUAAAGAAAAAAAAAUCCAAAAAUUAAAUGUAGAAUCUCUAUUGUUGUCAUUUGCUAAUAGCAUUGAGACUCAAUAUGUAUUAGAAUUCUGGCUCUGGCCUGGUGGUGGUGACGCACAUGUUUAAUCACAGCACUUGGGAGGCAGAGGCAGGAGGAUCUCUGUGAGUUGGAGGCCAGCCUGGUCUACAGAAUGAGUUCCAGGACAGCCAAGGCUAUACAAAGAAACCCUGUUUCAAACAAAACAAAACAAAAACAAAAAACAAAAAAGAAUUUUGACUCUGCAAAUUACAAGAAAAAUCAAACAAGUUCUUACUUAAAUUACUGAGUUUUUUUUAAAUGUAUAAGGUUAAUGCUUUAAAUAAGAUUAGAUGCAAUGUUACAAAGGAAUAUAUAUGAUACCUUAUUUUCUAAAUAAUGAAGUUGCUUUUGUAAUAAAAUGUACAUGUCGGAGCCAAAUGUGUUGUUUUUAGUAUAAAGGUUUCAUUGCAUUGUUUCUACUUCUUGACAUGUAGAAUACUAUGUGCAAGUCUAUGAGAAAUAGACUUUACUUGUGAUUGUUAUCUAUAUUUUGUGAAAUAAUGGCAUAACAUAAACCUUCAGUAUCUAAUGUAAUACCCUUCUCUGUUUUAAGCCGCUGCCUCCUACAGCUGUUAACAGCGAACAGAGGUGUGGGUGGUCUCUGAGUCCGUCUACAGUGUGUGCAUUUAGAGUAACUGUGUUCUUCCUGCAACUAGGUUACAUUGCCAAAAAAGUGUAAAAUGUCAGUAAAUACGAAUACUUUAAAAGAAUUUCCUAGAAAUAGCUUUAUUCCAGAUUUUGUAGCAUUAAUAUCCUUUUAUCAAUAAUGAAGUUCAUGCUCGUUUACCCUUGUUUUGUCUUCUUAAUAAAACCUCUCAGGAUUUUAAGCUGUCUCUUACUCAUACUUGAACUUUCUUGUAAAUUUGUUGAGAUACAACUCACUCCUUUAAGUGUACAGUUGCUUCCACCUCCUUCAGCCAAUAGCCUUUAAGAUACCCGCCCACUUGGGCGUGGUCUUGUAUACU